AGGAGCACCUGAAAGGUUCCCUUCCUAAAAAUAUUUACAAUUGACUUUUAGAAGAUAUGCAGGUCGUUACCGAGAAUAUUGAACAUGAUACCCUUCCCCUAAUCCGCUGUCGCGAUACGUUUUGAAUUUCACCUAUUUAUAAUGGGCCGUAAACUUCGAUAGCAAGUCACAUUGACAUUCAAUCGAAAGCUUAGAUUACAGCAAAGAGAUUGUAGCAAUGGAAGGGCAGACGAAAAAGGAGCAAGAUGAGAAAAAAUCAAAAGAGGGAAGGUCUAAAAUGUCUUCAAUCACUUCCUCUGUAUUCGCCAUUGCAGGACUGGCUCUCGGUUGGGCAGCCAUUGAGUUGGCUUUUAAGCCAAGUCUUGAUCAAAGCAGGGACGACAUGAAAAAAACCCUCGACCCAAAUUACGAUCCUGAUGACGAUGUUGACGCCAACAACUCGAUCCUAAAGAGUUUAAGAUAAGAAAGAGUGUUCAACAAUAUUGUUCUCUUCCCUCAAUAUAAAUGUUGAAGUGUAUGUUACAAAAAUUUAUAUUAAGGAUAUCUUCAAUGAUAAUGGACUAAAGAAGAUUCGUCCACUAAUGAAGUUAGUCAUUGAUGAGCACAAGAAGUUUAUGUUCCUGUAUGUUUCUUUGUGGUCAUUCCUUGCAAUUCGUCAAGUUGGAUUAGAAGGAUGAUGCUAUUUAAACAUAUGUAUAUGUAUUUUGGUUUACAAUAAAUUAUCUUUUUCAA